AUGAGCAAAGCAGCGAGCUGGGAGAUGGACGGACUGCGCGGCGACAGCAGCGGCGGCGGCAGCGGCGGCGGCGGCAGCGGCGGCGCCCCCGGGCAGUGCCGCAAUUUUCUCUCCUCGCCCGUUUUCGGGGCGGCGCACACGGGCCGCGCGGCCGCCGCCGCCGCUGCCGCCGCCGCCGCCGCCGCCGCCGCCUCGGGGUUUGGCUACGGCGGCGGCGCGGAGCGCGCGGGGGCGGCGCGGCCCGACCCCCCGGCCAAGGACUGCCCGGGCUCCGCCGCGCCGGCGGCCGCCCCCGCGCUCGGCUACGGGUACCACUUUGGCAACGGAUACUAUAGCUGCAGGAUGUCCCACGGGGUUGGGAUCCAGCAGAACGCCCUGAAGUCUCCCCCCCACGCCUCCAUUGGCGGCUUCCCCGUGGAAAAGUACAUGGACGUCUCCAGUCUGAGCAGCACGAGUGUCCCCGCCAAUGAAGUCUCCUCCCGGGCGAAGGAAGUGUCCUUUUACCAGGGCUACACAACCCCCUACCAGCACGUGCCGGGGUACAUAGACAUGGUCUCUACGUUUGGCUCUGGGGAACCGAGGCACGAAACAUACAUAUCAAUGGAGGGCUAUCAGUCCUGGACUCUGGCUAAUGGCUGGAAUAGUCAGGUUUACUGUGCUAAAGAUCAGACACAGAGCUCCCACUUCUGGAAAUCGUCCUUUCCAGGGGAUGUUGCACUAAACCAGCCAGAUAUGUGUGUCUACCGGCGUGGGAGAAAGAAGCGAGUGCCGUACACAAAACUGCAACUUAAAGAACUCGAGAAUGAAUAUGCCAUUAACAAGUUCAUUAACAAGGACAAGAGGCGAAGGAUAUCCGCAGCCACAAACCUGUCUGAGAGACAAGUUACCAUUUGGUUUCAAAACAGGAGGGUGAAGGAUAAGAAAAUAGUCUCGAAACUCAAAGACAAUGUAUCUUGA